UAGAAGUACCCCAAAUUGAUGGGGGUUGAAAAAAAAAACUGGUUGAGUUGAAAAAGAUGCCCCCAAAAUAACAUAGUAAAGUGUGAAAAGGGAGGUGGGAAAAAGCAGUGAGCUGUCAUCAUGUUCUUUCGUUCUUUGCCUUUUGAAUUCGAUUGACUAAUUAUUUCAGUAUUUGAAAUAAAAGAGAGAGAGAAGACAGAAAUGGAGGGAAAAUAGAGAAAUUAAUCGGCUAGCAGAGUCGAUAGUUUGCUGUAAUUGUGUCCCGAAAAGUUGGAACAUGAAAUUAUUUCCUAACAUAUCAGAUUUGAUUUGAGAAAUUGAAUAAUACAGACACAGCCUUUAUUCCUCCGUUUGAUUUUCUGACGGGUCUUGAUUGUUUUUUGGAGUGGAAAAUGUCUUAAAGAAUCCAGGACCACCAGAAAUGAAAUGGGAGAGAGAAUUUACCAAGUCGUGUGGCUGAAUUCUCGGCAACCCACAUUACAUUUCUGGCCCAUGGGUUGCCAUAUUUAUGGAGUGGAAUUGUGCAGAUUUAAACAUGGGAGAGCCGUCGGAAGAGAAGCACGAGGGGGAGGAGGUUGAGAAGAAGGAGAAGAAAGAGAAGAAGGAUAAAGAGAAACAUGAAGAAGGAGAAGGAGGAGAAGGGGAGAAGAAAAAGGAGAAGAAAGAGAAGAAGAAAAAGAAUCCUGAGGACAAGAAAGACCCAACCAAACUGAGACAGAAGCUGGAGAAGCUUGAAACCAAGAUGAAGGAUUUGGCUCUCAAGAAAGAAGAGGUCUUGAAACUCCUCCAAGAAGCUGAACAAAAUGCUGCAGCAGACCCUCCACCGCCUUCCUCUUGAACCUUGUUUUCUUCUUAUAAAUAUAAGAGGUAACAAUAAAAUGCUGUGAACUAGAUCCUCUCUCACUGAAGAGACCUCUUUAGGGUAACAAAGUUUUCAAUUUUCUAGACUAUAUCAUAUAUUUUUGCUCUCAAAUUUGAUGGUUCAUCUUGUUUUGAACCCUAUAGAAUGACAUGCGAAAGUUCAAUUUAAGGAGUCUUAUUCGUUGGUAAUUUGUUAGUCACAUCAUUUUCUUUUUAUGUCUUUUACCAUUUGAGAUUUGUGUUAA